AUGGAUUUAUCUAAAUUAGAAAAAUAUUUUAUUAAUGAUAAGUUUAAAGUAAUUAGCGAAGAUGUGACAUAUUUCUUUUAAAAUUAUAAACCAACAACUCCUACUCAAGAUUCAAAGAUUAAUGAAUAAACAGGUUAAAUGUUAAAAUUAAGCGUUGCAGGAGUUUGCUUGGGAUUUGCAUUAAGUUUAAGUUUGAGAAGAUAUCUUCCAAAUUAGUUUGGUGAGAUAUCUUUCAAGAGAAUGAUUUUAGAUACUACCAUGGUUAUGGGUGGUUAUGUUUAUUUUAGCAAAAUGGCAACAUACUAAGUCUAUUAAAAUUUAACUCCAUUAAGAAAGGAACUAGUUGAUGAAUGCGAUUAGGAUUAUUUAAAGCAUUUGUUACGCAUGAAGCAGUUUUACCCUUAAAUUUAUACUCAUAACAGUGAUCUUUUUAAAGACAUCUAUACAAAUCAAGAACUCAAAGAAUGGGUUAAUAAAAAUGAAUCUAUAGCUAUCAUAUUUGGUUUACAGCCCUAUCAUUUUGAUGGUGUUGCUGAUUAACUCCAGUAAUAACUCUAAGCAAAUACAAAUUUAUAAAAUAAUUAGUAAGAAACCAAUUAAUAAUAAAAUUAAGAUAAUGUCUACUCUUUUAAUUUCAAUGAAGAAAAUAAAAAAAGCAGUAAUUGA